CGGAGGAGCCCGGCUGCGGGUCGGUUGUAGGGGCUGCUGCUGCUGCUGCUGCUGCUGGAGGUACUGAGCCCGCCAUGGAGCCGGUGACCAGGUGGAGCCCGAAGCAAGUGGUGGACUGGACUAAGGGACCAUAAUGCUGAUUGGAGUGCGUGCCUGUGGUCAGCACUUGGCAGGAGUGCGACUCAAAACUGAGGCAAAUUUGGAAAGCAGACUCAUGUCUUCAGACAGCGAGAGAUGGAUACUCCCAGCCCUCCUGAGAACGUGAACAUGCCUGGAUGACUGCCUGCAGCAGUAUGUCCACAAAUUUGAACGGGAGAAGAUUAAUGGUGAACAACUCCUACAGAUUUCUCACCAGGACCUUGAAGACUUGGGUAUCUCACGGAUUGGACACCAGGAACUGGUUCUAGAGGCUGUGGACCUCCUGUGUGCACUGAACUAUGGCCUUGAAACAGACAAUAUGAAGAACCUGGUUCUCAAGCUGCGAGCGUCAUCCAACAAUCUGCAAAAUUACAUCAGCAGCCGUAGGAAAAGUUCAAAUUAUGAUGGAAAUACCUCUCGCAAGCCCCCCAAUGAAUUCCUUACUUCUGUGGUAGAGCUUAUUGGUGCUGCUAAAGCCUUGCUUGCAUGGUUGGACAGGACCCCAUUUACAGGUAUUGCUGACUUUUCAUCAAUGAAGAACAGAAUCAUUCAGCUCUGCUUGGACCUCACUACUGCUGUUCAGAAGGAUUGCACUGUGGCUGACAUGGAAGAUAAAGUCCAGGCUGUGGCCAAGACUUUAAAUGGCAUUUGUGAUAAAGCCAUUCGAUCAACUACAGAUCCAUUGAUGAGCCAGUGUGCCUGUCUGGAGGAAGUUCACUUAACCAACAUUAAACCUGGGGAAGGCCUGGGAAUGUACAUAAAAUCAACUUAUGAUGGAUUGCAUGUAAUUACUGGAACUACAGAAAACUCCCCUGCUGAUCGCUCCCAGAAGAUUCAUGCUGGUGAUGAAGUGAUCCAGGUUAAUCGGCAAACUGUGGUUGGAUGGCAGCUAAAAAACCUGGUAGCAAAGCUGAGAGAGAAUCCUGCUGGAGUUAGGCUGCUGCUUAAAAAACGUCCUACUGGCUCUUUCCAUUUCACUCCUGCUCCAUUAAAGAACCUGCGCUGGAAACCACCCUUGGUGCAGGUGAGAGGCUGCCAGCUCCACUCUGAUCUCAGGAUGGGAAUGCCUUGGUUGCAGCUUGAAAAAGAGAAAUCCCAAAAAUGCUCCCAGACCAGUCCUCCGCCAACUUCAACUCAGUCACCAGAAAGCACCGUGGAUACCUCACUGAAGAAAGAGAAGCCGGCCAUUUUGGAUCUGUACAUACCCCCUCCACCAGCUAUUCCGUAUUCUCCUCGAGAUGAAAAGGGGAGUUUUGUGUGUGGAGGAGGCAACAAACGCAGUCAACCCUUACCUGGGUCCAAGGGGGCCGAGUCUCCCAAUUCUUUUCUGGAUCAGGAGAGUCGAAGGCGAAGGUUUACUAUCGCUGAUUCAGAUCAGUUGCCUGGGUAUCCUCUGGAAGUAAAUAUCCUACCAGCCAAGAUGAGGGAAAAAACACAGUCCUAUGGAAAACCUCGUCCAUUGUCAAUGCCUGCUGAUGGAAGCUGGAUAGGAGCUGCAGAACGCUUCUCUAGACCACGAGGACUAGGGAGAAAAGGUGAAGAUGUCCUUUGCAGGUACUUCAGUAAUGAAAGGAUACCCCCAAUCAUUGAAGAAAGCCCCUCCACGCAGCACCCCCUCUCCAGGCCAGUGUCUGACAAGCAGUUAGUGAGGGGGACGGAUUAUAUUCGAGGCAGCAGGUGUUUUAUGAAUACAGACCUCCACAACAGUGCAACAAUUCCUUUUCAAGAGGAAGGUGCUAAAAAAUCAUCGGUUACAUCAUCCACAAAACCCUCCUCUGCAGAACCCUCGCUGCUUGUCAGUUGGAUCACAAGACUGAAAUUGUUGACUCACUGACUAUUGUCCACAGCACUGUUACCAAGUGCCUUUGAUCAUCGGUCAGACUUCUCUAAUUUUCAGCUUAACUGAUGCGUAGUGACUAAUGCGGUAUUCUUUUCCUGGAGAACCUUACAUUUUUGCCUUUUUGUUUGUGAUUUUUGACAGAUCAGAGGGUGUCAUAGUGCAAGGAGGGAAGAAAGAUAAAGAUCAAGUUCCUCUUCCUGGCCAAAAGCUGAAGGCAUUUAUUCCCAUGGAAAUAAAUAGAAUUUCAGUGAGAUAGAGGCCACACAUCACCUGGAAUGUGCAAAGCGACUCAGAGGAAAGAACUGUGUUACCGUGAAAUCCAGUGGCACUUCAGUUGUCUGAAUGCUCAGAGACUGGUGUGAGUGACUGGCUGGGUGUCAGAGUAUGCAGAGCUCAGCACACCUUGGGUUAUUCGACUGACCAGGAAAGAUAAGCAGAGAAACAAUGGUUUUGUGCAACUUGAGUGAUGCUGUUGCAAGUACUGCAUGGGAUCAACCUUGUGAGGAAGAAGUAACAGUGUUGCUGUUCUUUCUCUGAUAUCCAGAGAUUCUAUGAAGGCUUAGGAAGAGAGUUCUCUUAUUCAGAGAUUUUAGGAAGCUGGACUAAUUUAAUUAUAAAUCAAUCCAACCUGAUAUAUAAACUAUUUUAUUGAAAUCACAGUCGAAAUAAAGAGCACUGAACAAUUCCAGUGCUUGUCUGUAAAGGUAUAUGGAUUGCUACAACAUGCCAAGGAAAUGCAUCUGUAGAGGUGGUAAAAGAAUAUAUAUUUUUUCCUUAAUUGUUUAAGAAUGGUUUGCUGUUAACCAAAGUAACCUGUUAAAGACAGUCCUGUUGGACUUAAGAGAACUUUUACAAUGGUUCAGUUUUUGAAUGAUGUGUUGUUUUUAUGAAAAAUAUGUGCUAUCAUACACUACAAUUGUAAGACAUUUGCUAUUUUCUAUAUAGCUCAAAUCUUUACCCCUCCAGAAUUUUAAAGUAGCAGUGGGUAUCUUGGGAGGAAAAUAAAACUUGUUUAACAAAAGAGGAGGAUAUUAAAGAGGUAUUGUUCAAAACAGAAUGUACAUAAGAUUGCUAGUAUGCAAACUUAAAAAAAGUUUAAAGUAAUUUAAGUGUUAAAUAUAGUUGUAUAUAUUUUUUACACUUAAACAGAUACUGUUUUUUCCUUGUUCCUGUAUUGCAGUACUGGGCACAGCUUAGUCAAAUGAAAAGUUUUUGUAUUCCUUGCUAAUUAUAAGACUAACUAUUUUUGUAGAUGAUACAUUGCCAACAACCUUUACUCCUUUGGUCUUGCUGAAAAGAAGGAUUUAUAUUUAAUAAUUGGUGGGUGAAGAGGGGAGUUAAAUACUAAUUUUCACUCUGGACUGGGGCAGGAAUCACAUGUGAUAACACGAGUGUUAAAAACGCUGUAAUCCUGGCUGUGAACAUGUGACCAUUCUGUUGCAACAAGCUUAUGAAGUUGUGCUGCAGCCCCACAGAGAGAGACACGCUGUUUCAGUUCUCAAUUAAUUACGUUUGACUGUGGGUAGUGGUUUAGGUGGGGUCUGGUUUGGACCUUUCUGAUCAAAGCAGAUUAUAAUAUGUCUGUCUUGUGCCACUCUUCUCCACUGCCUGAGAUGGCAGUCCCUACUAGAGAUGUGACCAAACACUGCUGCAAUUGAACCCUAGAACAGUUUGGUUCUGCCUCCAAGAAGAGGGCUGAAACUGCCGUGAUGUGGGCACUGGGGUGUAGUAUAGUCCAACCUCAAACUGAAUGGAACUGUUUUAAAGUAAAUCACAGUUGCUGAACUAGAUCAAAGAUGUUGUCUAAACAAGACUUUUAAAAUGGAAAUUUUGCGCA